AUGCCUCAGUAUCUCGUCAGGCUUGCGCAAGCGCAUGAGAGUUUUCGGAAAGUCGAACUGCAAGCGCUAGCCGAUAUUGCGGGAGUGCCUUUACAUUUUGUCAAGUAUGAAGAAGAUUCACCCUACUGCAUUGUCGAUCUGCCGUCAGAGGCUGCGGCACGAAAAGCCAUCGCACGGAGCAUCCUCGCACAGGGCAUCUACGAGCUAUGGGGCCAGGGAUCAACAUACGACGCCCUUCACGACUCCGUUCGCAGUCUGACCACAUCCUGGUGGCCGCAGUACAUUAACGCAUCUUUCCGCUUUACCAUAGAAGGCUAUCGCGGCAGUAGAUCAAACGAUGAGCAGCGCGACAUCAUCGACAGUUUCUCCUACAUGGCCUUCAAGGGACCACCGCGGAUGCGAAACCCAGAUGUCGCAUUCCGUGUCUUUGAAGACUACGAUCUUAAUGUUAAGAAGCCAAAGUACAUUUACUUUGGUCGCUUCAUCGCCGACUCGUGUCGCAACGAAGCCAAGAAGACAUUUGAUCUCAAGAAGAGACAUUACAUCAGCACUACAUCGAUGGACGCCGAGCUCACACUGUUGACGGCUAACAUCGCACACGUGGCACCGGGGAAGUUGUUUUACGACCCUUUUAUGGGCACGGGCGGCUUCCCGAUAGCAUGCGCUCACUUCGGAGCGGUGGUAUUCGGGAGUGACAUUGACGGCCGCACUAUCCGCGGCCUAGGAGGCAGCGCAAGAAGGGGACAGACAGGGAAGUACGACGUCGUCGGCAACUUCAAGCAGUACGAUCUAGAGUCAAGCUACCUAGGCGCCUUCGUCUCCGACCUCACCAACACCCCACUGAGAAUACCGCCACCCAGCAAAGAUCACACGACAGGCUACCUCGAUGGCAUCGUAUGCGACCCACCCUACGGCAUCCGCGAAGGCCUGAAAGUGCUAGGAUCCCGGCAAGCGCUGCUAGACAUAGAACGCCAAUCGCACCAAGACCAAUUCAAAGAACCCGGGUACAUACCCCCGAAGCGGCCCUACUCCUUCACCGCACUGCUCGAUGACAUACUAGCCUUUGCAGUCGCAACACUAGUCCCCGACGGCCGAAUCAGCAUGUGGAUGCCCACGGCGAAUGACGAGGACAUCGAGCUCAUCAUCCCGAGCCAUCCCUGUCUCGAACUGACGUCGGUCUGCGUCCAGGCGUUUAACAAGUGGUCACGUAGACUGCUGACGUAUCGGCGGCGCAGGGAGGCGGAGGUUCCUGAGGGGGCGGCGGAGGCGGUUAGGAGGGAGUAUGAGAAGGGGACUAGGGCUAGUGAGUUGAAUGAUUUUAGGAGGAAGUAUUUUCAGGGGUUCAAGGAGUUUGAGAGUAUGAAGAAGGAGUUUAUAAGGAUGAAGGUGGAUGCUAGGGCUGGGGAGGAGAUGGCUGGUGUAGGGGAGACGCCUGGUGCUGGAGCGACGGACAGUGUUGUGAAGGAUGAUGAUACCAAAACGUAG